GCUGCCACACCUACACCUCAGGAAUAUGUAUAUCAAAGAUGUUUCUCUAUAGUGACACUUUAUGAUCUGCACAUAUUGAGGUUGCAAAUGUUUGAUAUAAAACUUGAUUUAAAUGAAUGAAAUUGUGCCAGCUGACAUAGUUUAAUGGAUAAUGUUUCUGUGCUAACAUCUUUUAUACUUUCAGGAUUAAAUUACACAGUGCAACACAGAAUUAUUCUCUUUGCUCUCACUUUACUGCAUUACUUAAUAGUUUGGAUAGUAAAUGUUGUUCUCAUCAUAACCAUCAUAGUGGACCGAAAACUUCAUGAGCCUAUGUACAUCUUCCUGUGUAAUCUGUCUAUUAAUGGACUUUAUGGGACAGCAGGCUUUUACCCAAAAUUCCUCAUGGAUCUUCUGUCUCCCUCUCAUGUCAUCUCUUAUGCUGGAUGCCUUCUGCAGAGUUUUGUGAUACACUCAUCAUCUGGAAGUGACUUAUCAAUUCUAGCCGUUAUGGCCUAUGACAGAUACGUGGCUAUAUGUCAACCACUAAUGUAUCACUCUGUUAUGACGACGCAAAGAAUAUCUCUGUUAGUGGCCUUCUCUUGGCUCUUACCUCUUUUUUGCAUGUUCAGUAACACAAUGACGAUUUUCCAAUUGAAGUUAUGUGGCUCACACAUCCCUAAACUUUACUGUUCAAACGUACUAAUUGGUAAACUAGCUUGCUCUACCUCUAUAGCAAAUACUAGUAUUGCAUAUUUCAACAUUGCUAUUUACAUUGUCCAUUUUUUCUUUCUUAUUUGGUCUUAUAUGUAUCUGGUCAGAUCAUGCCAAAGAUCCAAACAGAGCAGGAAGAAGUUUAUGCAAACAUGUGUGCCACAUUUAGUCUCUUUAUUCAACUUUAGCUUUGCUGUGCUUUUUGAUUUAAUGUACACACGAUUUGGCUCGAGAAUGUUAUCACAGAGCCUUCAGAACUUCAUGGCAAUAGAAUUUCUUUUAAUUCCUCCAGUUAUGAAUCCUCUAGUAUAUGGGCUAAAACUGACCAAAAUUCGAAACAGAAUUCUUGGUUUUAUUCAAGAACAGAAAAAAAGUGUCUAGCCAAGGAGAGUUCCAGCUCUCAACUCAUCACUGCUUGAACAAGAUACAUACAACUUAUUGUUAACUUAACAUUAAUAUAAUUGACAGAAAUAACAUAAUUUAAACAUAUGACCUAAUUAUUAAGGAAUCUGAUGUUUAAAAGUGCAAACCUUAACCAUUGCAGUGGCAGCAAACAGUCUUAUAAAUUAAAUAUUAGUCUUAUAAAUUCUGUAAUGGCCUUAUGUAACAAUACCAACAGAAGAUAUUGCCCUUCCGAUAGGGGUGUCAGAUCACAAAAUGCUCCUAUGUGUUGUAUUGGAAGACAAUGAUAAACAAUGUAUUGUGUCAUUUAGAUUAGAGAAUGUAUGGAAUAUAGCAUAUAGGCCUGUCUGGUUUGCAAGUUCUUUAUAUGAACAACGCUUCUUCAGAAUGACUUAUGUCUAUGAAACCUGCUGUUUACUGUUUCAGUACUGUUUAUUGUACAGUUUAUUGUACUCCACCCUGGAUCAGAUAGAAUUAAAAAAGUUAGUAGGCUAAAAAGA